AUGGGUGCGAGUCACUCUGUUGAGCUGAACGCAAAUGCUGCGUGCCCCGGCCAGCCGGGCACUCUUUGCAUUGCCAGUGAGCCGCUGCAUGCUCUGCCAACGCCGGUGACAGCAGAAGAAGCCUACGAGGAGGCCAAAGCUGUUAUGAGGUACCCAGUCGACUCAGUUGCCGAGGGCUUGAUGAAGAAGUUCGAGCUGACUGAGGUCGAUGCCAAGACUUUCGUCGUAAAGGCGAUCUUGGAUGGCCAAAAGUUGGACAAGUUCGGCUACGGCAAGGGCGAUGGCACAGACAGAGUGAGGUUGUGGAAGAAGGUGGUGAUGGAUGAUGCUGCCCUCACCCUGACAGUGCAGGAUUUUGUCCCGGAGGCGGCUCUGGGUGCAUGGGUCGGUGAGGCCUCGGACAAGGUUCCUCUCAACAACUGCAUCGUUCAGUUCGAGAGAAGCCCGCCGCGACUGCUUUUUAUAUUCGAUGACCAGGAAGGCAAGCGACAGGCGGACGAUGCAAUGAAGAACUCCCUGUAUUCAUGGUCGGAUGCCAUCGUCGGUGGUGUCAUCACAUUCAAGACUUCCAAAGUGCAGGUGACCGGAAAUGCGCCCUCCAUCGUAGAUGGAGGAAAGUCGCAGAGCAUGAUUACAUCUCCCAUGGACGAUCUCGUGGGAUACGACAAAUUCUGGGACCAGCACCUCAAAUAUUGCAAAGACUUCGUCAGAAAUAUGCCUGGAGCUCAGUGCGAAGACAUCUCCCCCGACGAGUUCAAGGGCACGGUUGUUCUCGACCCCGCCAACCCGUCCGAGGUUACGAGUCACAAGAUCGUCUCAUCGAAGUCCGACAGCAAGGUCAAUUGGACCGUCGAGUAUCAGGGCAAG